CACAACUUACUAUUUUUGAAGGCUAGCGAUAGGUUCAACAUAAAUUCUCAGCUUGAGCAUCUUCAAGCCAAAUAUGUUGGCACAGGACACGCGGACUUGACCAGAUUUGAGUGGGCUGGAAACAUCCAGAGGGACAGCUAUGCCUCUUAUAUUGGGCACUAUCCAAUGCUGGCAUAUUUUGCUAUUGCUGAAAAUGAAUCAAUUGGAAGAGAGCGUUACAAUUUUAUGCAGAAAAUGCUGCUUCCAUGUGGCCUCCCUCCUGAGAGAGAUGAAGACUGAGGAGCCUCUGCAUGAUCCUGAUGCAUCACAAGAGUAGCUUGUCUUGAACUCAGGUUUGCUACCGAAGUAAAAGGGGGCGAGGCUAGUAGCAUCUGUGUCUCUGUUGGAAAUUUUUGAAUUCCCUGAUCGUGUAUUGGACGCUUCUAGCUUAUCCUACAUGGAUAUUUAUCAUGAGAACCCAAAAUUUCAAAAUAUUUAUGCGUUUUCAGGAACGGUUGCAGCUA